UUUUCUCUGUGGACAAAGACAGAGACGAGGAGGUUGAUCGGAGAUUCAGUCACAACAGUAUUUUACUCAGGUUGGAUCAAGGUCCAGUUGUGUUUGAUGGCGAUAUGAUCGCUAUCAGAGUUCAGAGAAAAACGCCCUCUGUUGACAUGAUCAGGUCAACUCAGUUAACAAUUUUAUAACCUCACUGCAGUACCUGUGACAUCCUCAAGGUGUAGCAAACCACCUGUUGAAGACCUCUGGUCUAAUCAAGCCAAAACGGACACGGCCCUCCCCUGCAGUUCCUUUGUGAACACCUAGGGGUUGCAGCCUCCAGUUGAAGACCUCUUGGUGUUGAAAACCGGCUCAGGGAGAAGUCUAACCAACCAGAAAUUGACCACCUGUAGUACCUCUGCGGACCCUCUAGGGGGGUUCUUGUUAAAGACCUUUAACGUAACGACGAUAGUUUCUGUUUUCUGCAGCUCGAUACAACAACGUCAACAUGGAGAUUUUUAUUUAAAAAACAUCAAAAAUAUGUCUCCAGAACUUACACUUGACCACUGACGCUGGUCAGAUUCAUAGAAAAGGUCAAAGUUUAUGAACAGGUAGAACAACCAAACAUUGUCUCAUAAACGUUUGAGGCUGUAAAAAGUUUUAAACACUGAUAAAACCUAAAAGGUCAUUCUGACACGUCCUUUUUAUUCACAUAAGAAAAACUGAUCAAAUGUGUUGGAAUUGUUACGGUGAGAAACCUACAUGUCUAAAAUGGCGCGCGCAUGUGUGUGUGUGUCAGAGAAAAGAAACCUGGAGCAUAGAAACACGACACCCAGCGCGUGAACGUGUUGGCACUGUGCGCGUGCGUCAUCAUAGCGUGAGAAUCUGUGUGUGUGUGUGCGCGUGUGCGUGUGUGUGUGUGUGUUCAGCCCUCCCGUCCCUCCUCCCUCUUAUCCCUGGAGGCAGAACUAAUUACCCCGUCUGGUCAAGCGGGGGCCGUCGUGAGCUCCGACAGAAGGUCACGGUGGCCACCGGUCGCGAGAGGGAGCAGGGGGGAGGAGACCAGGGGCUGCUCCCGCGACACGCCACGCAUUAACAGCCCCCUUCCUCCUCCCUCAGCAGGAGGAGGGAGGAGGGGGGCAGUCAAAAAUGGGAAAGAAACAGAACCAGAUCCGAUAAGAACCGAUAAUAUACCGUGAAGGCACCAGCAUGCAGUCGUUCACAGAGAAGGAGGAGGAGGAGAAGGUGAAGGAGGAGGUGGAGGAGAAGAUGGACGGCGGGUGGCGUGCUGCUGAUGCUACUUACCGGGCCUGCCAACAGGAGGAGGAGGAGGAGGAAAAGAGGAGGAAAGAGGAAGAGGAAAAAGGAGGAAAAGAAGGAGGAGACCGUCUGGGAAUUAGACCGCCACGGAUCAUGGCUGGCGGGGGAAGGAGACACACGGAGAGAGAGAGGGAGAGGAUGAGGAGGGGAGGUGGAGGUGGUGGUGGUGGAGGAGGAGGAGGAGGAGUGGAGUGAACACCAGGAGGGGAUAUGUCUGUCGUACCAAGGAGGAGAGGAAGAGGAUGAGGAGGGAGUGAUGGAUAACAGAGGGGGAGGUGGAUGGAUAAUCACCUGGGCUUGGCACAGGCUGGUGGUAGGGGAGGAGGAGGAGGAGGAGGAGGAGGAAUAGAGGGGGUGGAGGUAAAUGAAGCAGGUCGAGGAGGAAGCGUCUCCUGCAGGGGCGGAGAAAAAAAGACAAGAGCCUGGAGAGGGAGAGAAAAACAGCACCAUGGGAAGAAAGGAGGGGGAGCAGGAGGGGGGAGGUGAUAAAUGACGGCGGAGGUUAUGAACGUGCUACGUUCUUGUGCGACAGAGCGAAGAGGGGAGGUGUGUGUGUGUGUGUGUGUGUGUGUGUGUGUGUUCUGCUGUCAGCAGUGCCCGUGGCGGCAUGCCGCGUAGCGCUGCUCACCGCGUGCGGUGUGAUUGGCUGCCUGCCAGAGUGAGAAAGCGAGAGGUAGAGAGAGAUAGAACAGAGUGGGGUGGAGAGACCUGGAGUGUGAGAGAGAGAGAGUUAAAGAGUAUAUAGAAGGAGCUAAAGAAGGGGGCGACAGAGAGCCGAAUUGAGAAAAAGCAAGACAGCGUAAUUAAAGAAGAGGGUGAACGUAAGAGAUGGAGAGUAAAACAAAUGUAAUAAUGCCACAGCUGCAGUUAGCAUAAAGGCUAACAACAACAAACAGUGCGUGGAUGUUUUCAUAAAACAACAGUUGAUAAAAUCCCAGAGUUUAUAAACUUGAUGGCCAGACUUUUCUGUGCUCCAAAACCACAAUGAACUGCCUUGUUAUCCUCACACCGUAAUCGAGUCAGUAUUUCUGUUAUUACAGUUUCCCAGUUGGCAUGUGAUCGCAAUGGAGGCACACUUGAAGUUUAGUUUAAGAUUAUUUACUGUUGCUGUUGUUUUUAGUCUGCUCAGACCUAGAGCUCAGUGUUUCUGAUCCUCAGAUCAACAUCAACUAAAGGUCAUUAUUUCCAACACAUUAUUGCAUAUGAUAUUAGUAGUUAUUGUAGUGAUAUGCAGUUGAAAAAAAUCCAAUUAGUGAAUCUCUAUUUAUUUAAAUUACUGCAUCAGAUUUUCUUGUUGAAAAUAUAUAUAUGUUUAUAAAAUAGUCUUGACACGUUACUUUUCAGGAGCACCAAAUUCCAUAAAGUCGCUGAUUUUAUUUUGCCAGCCAACAGAGCUGCUAGUCCUUUGCGCCCUCUUGUGUUCAUUUUAUGUCAUUGUAAAAUAAAACAAGGACGUAAAACAAACUAUGCGUCGUCCUACUAUGCGCUAAUAGUGUAAAAAACGAAGACCUCCCGCACACCAGACGAGAACCCGGUACUGCACCACAUGUUUGUGUGUUUCUUAAAAAGUAUAUGUUAUAUUGUCGCCAUCUACUGGUAGAAUGUGGGGUUGACACAUUUGUGUCCUGACCCGCGAAAUAUUCACUGCCAGUUUACUAAAUCUUUUUGCUCUGGCCUGCUUUUCUCCAGGGUUUUCUGAACUGGCUAUGAUGGGAAAAAAAAAAGAAAAAAAGUGAUAAUCAUGCAGUACCGUUUAGACUAAAUUUUAAUUAAAGUCGAGUUAAUUAAAAUACUCUCGUUGUGUCUUUGCUUUGGACUGCUUAUCAUUUGGACAGAAUACAACAUGGCAACUAAAUUAAAAAAAUUAAACCAAGCAAAAGUAAGAAGAAGAAUUAUGAAAAUAGUAAUUACUUGUUGUACUCGAAAAGUUAAGACGCUAAAGUCACUUUUGUAUAAUAGAAAAAAGUAUAGAGUUUUCUUUGUAAAUAAAAAAUCAAAUCAAACAAAAAAAAUCUAAAUAUGUGUCACAUCUUGGUGGGAUUGAAAUUGAAAAUAAAACCGAAUGUUUCCUAACUGCCUGUAAUCGUAGUAGCCUUCAAACGUGGGGCUGACUUCAGUGACGUAAAGUCGUACACUUCCGGUGUGUCGUAAACAAAGCAGCUGUAGAAAUGCAAAAACGUAUAGUAUAGUUAUUAUGAUUUAAAUUAUACAUAAAUGAUACAUAUUACGCAUGAGUUUAUGCAUACUAAGUGAUACAUACUAACUGAAUAUUAAGAGCUGUGUCGCCGAUCGGAUCAUGUAGCGUUGGUGGUAUAGUGGUUAGCAUAGCUGCCUUCCAAGCAGUUGACCCGGGUUCGAUUCCCGGCCAACGCAGAUUCUUUUAUUUUCUGUAAAUUUAUUUUUUGCAUGGUUUUUAACCCAAGAUGAUUCUGUAAUUAUUAGGUAUUCAAUUUAGUAUUUUUGUGGGACAAAUUGUAUUUACUGUUGAGAUUUUUUCAUGUAACCAAAAAUAAAUCCAAGUUAGACCAAUGUUUAUUAAUUUAUUUCAGUAAUUAAUUCAAGUGACUUUUAAACAGUGCGUGUGGUCCACCCCCUAAAUCGUCAGUUGUUAAUGGAGGCUUUAGAGAAGUUAAAAUUAGUAACAGAAAUAUUUGUCAUGACAAGUAAACAAGAACAGCACUGGAGAGCAGAAAGGACGAGGGCGUGAUGGCUUUCUGCCCGAGACGUGUCUACUAGUGUGCGCGUGCGUGUGCGUGUGUUUCAAGGGAAAUCUGCAGUGGCUCCAAUCCAAGCUCAAACACGUCUUAACAGGAAGAUUGAACGACGGAAAAUUAGACACAAAAAGAAGUACGUUUGAACACGUUUCCUCUGAAGAACAUUUGAGAUCUUUUGACCGCGCCUGAUGUCCUCAGAAAAUUGUUUACACAUUGAUGAAGAAUUCCGACAGCAGGCCUACAAAAGCUUCUACCUGCUGCUGUGUCCACUGGCCUUUCUCUGUAACGCUGUGGUGCUGGUGGUCUUCUACAAGCAGAGCUGCAACAGGAAGAUCCCACGCUCCGCCUUCUGCGUGGUCAUCAUGAACCUGGCCCUAUCAGACUUCAGCUUCUCCCUGACGCUGCCUCUACGUCUGAGUUAUUACUUCAACAAUUCAGAGUGGAAACAUUCUGACUGGCUGUGUCGCCUCUGUCAGUUUGUCUUCUAUGUCAACCUCUACACCAGCAUCUUCUUCCUCACUCUAGUGUGCGUGCUCCGUUGGCUCGCCAUAACCAAACCACACCGUCACCGCACCAUGGCCACGCCCACUCGGACUUUAUACAUCUGCCUGGGGAUCUGGCUGUUUGUGGGUGUGUCAACUACGCCCUUCCUGUGCAAAGGUGUGACACUCAGAGAAGAGAAGCCCCGAUGCUUCGAGCCUCCACUUGGAAACUCAGCGACUCACAUCCUGAUCAUUAACUACCUGGCCUUGGUUCUGGGCUUCCUGCUGCCUUUCCUCACACUCAUCUCCUGCUACUCCAGCAUCAUUCGACACUUGAGGAACCCCUCUGUUCCCAGCGGUACCGUUGGCAUUCAGAGGCCUAACCGACGCCGCUCCAUUCAUCUUAUCACCAUGGUGACAGUGACCUUCCUGGUCUGCUUCUUGCCCUAUCAUGUGUUCCGGACACUGCACAUACACGCAGCCUAUGGACAGUGGGACUGCAGGAUCAUGGUGCCACUGCAUCGAGGUGUGAUAGUGACGUUGUGUUUUGCAGCGAUGAACAGUGUGAUCAACCCGCUGCUUUACUACUACUUCACCAAAAUGUUCAGAGACACAGUGAAGGACAUUCAACUCUCUAUGAAGUCCACCAUGGAGGUGGAGCUGUGUCUGACAGAACAAGUCCAAGAGCCUCAGGGGAGGCUCUAACAGGAACAUAAAGAUGGUACCUGGUACCAUCAGAGGUCCUGUAGCGGAUCUUGGUGUUGUUGGUGUUCAUUAUGAAGAAUCUAUUUAUGUGGUCUGCAUGUCAUGUGCAGGCCUCGUUCACAGGUAAACACCAGAGCUGUGCAUUGUGGGUGUAUUUCUUUCCCCACUAAACAUUCCACUGAAAGCCUGGGUGCUCCAACAUUGACUGGGGUGCUCCUAGAAAUACAGUAUGUGCACAAGCACACACAUUAACAGUAGUGGCUAUACAACGUUAAUAUAGUGUUCCACACCUGUACUGAUAUGCUACUGUAUAACAAUCACUCAAUACAAGCACUUUUUAUUGAAAAAGAAAAUAUUGCAUAUUUAUUUCACUAUCAAGCUCAAGCCAAACCUCAUUCUCAAUCGUACAACAGUGGCGGUUGAAACGCAGGUAAGACCCUCCUUGGUGCCACCCAUGCUCUGACCUCUGACCUCAAGACAUUGAGGGACAACCAGGAACAGUUCAUUCUUCCUUUGCCCAGUUUUUUAACGGAUGUUUUUUUUUUUUUUCUUUAAAGGUCUUUGUUUGAGUUUCCUGGCCUGUAGGUGUUUCCUAACCACGCUCACCUCUGCUGCCCCCUAACGCACCACAUGAUGCUGGGAUAAACACUCAGAAACUAAACCUCCGUUUCACCUUUGACCAAAACUGUGAUUGUGAUUGACAUACAAAAUUUGGUCAUGUGAUUUUUGUUAUCGUCGUUUCUCCAGUAUAAUUUCAUUUAAAUUCCCCAUUAAAUGCAACAGGAUUUAGUGAUGUCACUUCCUGGUGGGAGUUUUUUUUUUUUUGUAGUUCUGUCCCUUGUGUAAAGUCAUUAUAAAUGAUAGACGUCAGAAUGGUAACGUCACCGUGGCGUCACAUCUUAACAACACGAACUCCGAAACUUUCAGUUCUUGCAAAAACUCAUCUUUAUAAUCCAUGUCUUUUUAACACCUGCGCUCAGUGCGAAGACACGCGAGAGUGUGAAGUAUGAGGAGUGACAUGGCACCAUAGGUCGUCUCUGAGCUCGAAGAUAGUCCACUCCAACAGAAACUGAACUCAGGUGCAACACUUACACUAACAUGGAAAACUGUGAAGAAAAAAAAGGUGAUAAAAUUUAAUAAUUACUUUUCAAUUGCAAAUAAACUAAGAUGUGCUGUUAAAAUUCACGUUUAAAUAAUUAAAAAAAACUUGGAUGGAGUUUA